AUGCCCGAAGCCCGGACAGAGCAGCUCCAAAUGGCGGGCAGGCAUUGUGGAGGGCCGGCAGGCAGCUCAAGCUGCCCCGCUUCUGCUCUCACCGGGGCACCUGGGCUGCACUUCUGUCCUAGGACAGCCCUCUGCUCCCACCCCUUGCUGAACAAACUAAUGGAAAGGAUAUUCUUCCCCCUCUAUCUGGUGUCUUUCUGCAAGUUUUUUUUUGUAGGAAGGAGUGAUCUACCCCAAAUUCAGCCCGAUUUCUGGGAAUUUGGGCAACACACAAAAAAAUCAAAUAUGAUGAAGAACGAAGAAACGAGUUUUAAUGUGGACAGUACCCGAGCCUCUCCCUUCUCCCGCUGCCUGCAGCCACUGAGCCCUGUAACAAAGCCACACAGAACAACUCCAUUUGGUGAAGAAUUCAGACCACACCUCUCACAUUUCCGCUAUGGCCCUCCUCCUCUUGGAGACAUGGAAACAUUCCAGGGGUCCUUGGAAGGAGGGUCUCGGAAACGCAAGAGCAUGCCAACAAAAAUGCCUCCUUCUAUCACCCUCGAGGGUUCCUCAUCACCACCAGACAGACCUGAAGAUCACAAUGACAUAGGGUCUUCCAGUCUCCCUUUGGUGUUUCAACAGCCAGCACAGCCCAAGUACAGUUCCCAGAUGAUCGACCUCUGCAACUUUGGUUUUCAGUUCUACAGAACUCUCGAGCACCUUGGAGCCAAGUCCAUUAAGCAAGAAUCAGUGAAGCCUAACAUAGCAUGGCCCAGUAGCCCAGCAUUCAUGCAGGCUCCUUACCCUUAUUAUCCUAAAGUCCACCCUGGCUUAAUGUUUCCUUUUAUUGUGCCACCAAACUUUCAUUUCAGGAACCCCUUUCAAAUGAAAAGACUUCCAGAGCCACCCUUCAGGAGGGCUGAAGUACGAGAAAGUGGUGAAAAUAAACAGAAAGUGGAAAGAGUAGAUGUCAACCUUCAGAUAGAUGACAGUUACUACGUUGAUGUGGGGGGUGAACAGAAACGCUGGCAAUGUCCCAUGUGUGAGAAGUCCUAUACAUCCAAGUACAAUUUGGUCACUCAUAUCUUGGGGCACAGCGGCAUUAAGCCACAUGCUUGCACCCGAUGCGGCAAGCUUUUCAAGCAGCUGAGCCACUUGCACACGCAUAUGUUGACACACCAGGGCACUCGGCCACAUAAGUGCCAGGUGUGCCACAAGGCUUUCACUCAAACCAGUCACCUUAAGAGACACAUGAUGCAACACAGUGACAUCAAGCCUUACAACUGCAGGAUCUGUGGCAGAGGUUUUGCCUACCCCAGCGAGCUGAAAGCACAUGAGUCUAAGCACGAGAGUGGCCGAGAGAACAUUUGUGUGGAGUGUGGUCUGGACUUCCCAACCCUGGCCCAGCUGAAGAGACACUUAACAACCCACCGUGGCCCUAUACAGUACAACUGCACUGAAUGUGAUAAGACCUUCCAGUACCCGAGUCAGCUGCAAAACCACAUGAUGAAGCACAAAGACAUCCGCCCGUACAUCUGCACUGAAUGUGGCAUGGAGUUUGUGCAGCCCCACCAUCUCAAACAACACUCCCUAACUCACAAGGGUGUGAAAGAGCACAAAUGUGGAAUUUGUGGCCGGGAAUUUACUCUGUUGGCCAACAUGAAGCGACAUGUUCUGAUCCACACCAACAUCAGAGCCUAUCAAUGCCAUUUGUGCUUCAAGAGCUUUGUGCAAAAGCAGACUCUCAAGGCCCACAUGAUUGUUCACUCUGAUGUCAAACCCUUUAAAUGCAAGCUGUGUGGAAAGGAAUUUAACAGAAUGCAUAAUUUAAUGGGACACAUGCACUUGCACUCGGACAGUAAGCCUUUCAAGUGCCUCUACUGUCCCAGCAAAUUCACCUUGAAGGGCAACCUAACCAGGCACAUGAAAGUCAAACAUGGGGUCAUGGAAAGAGGAUUUCAUUCUCAAGGUUUUGGAAGAGGAAGAAUUGCUCUGUCCCAGACAAAUGUCUUGAGAAGCUUGGAACAGGAAGAACCCUUUGAUCUUUCCCAGAAAAGCCAAGGGAAGGGAAUCUCAUUUCAUUCGGAUGGCGAGAGUGCCAAGGGAAGCUCAUGCCAGGAAGAAGAGGAAGACAACUGCUAUGAGGCAGAGCGGUACAGCCCUGCCAUGUACCAUGUCAACGACAACAACAAGCUGUACGUGGCUCAAGAUCUGUCUGGCAAACCUGAGUGCAUGAUGAAGGACUUCAGAGAGUCCUACUGCAAUGAGAAGGAAGAAGUGCUAAGUGAGGGAGGACUGGAGAAGAGAAUAGGAAAUUCAGACAAACAGGAGAGCCAAGCAGAGAGAGACCUUGCAAACAACAAAGAACACCUCAGCUUUAGAUCCUUUGAAAAGGCCAGACUUGGCCACUCUCUCUCUGAUUACUUGUAUUACAAGCACAGGAACAAGAGUUUGAAAGAAUUGCUGGAAAGAAAAAUGGAAAAACAAACAAUGCUUAUAGGCAUUUAAAAUGGACAUGUUAAAACAGCUGGAAAAUGGGAACCAGAUAGCUUUUAACAUGAACUGUAAUUUACCAAAGCCUGGAAGUUUGUAGUAGUCUUUAGAAAUAAACAAGCCAAAUUAAUAAAAUUAAUUUAAGGUAAAACACGUACAUUAAAAGAAUAAAGCAGUCCAAGGUCACCAAGAAAUGCAAUAGAUAUUGAACAAUAACAUUUUUAUACUUAUCCAUUUGAUGUAUAAGCAGAAAAUGGGGUGGGUACAGAACUUUAUUUUUCUUUAUCUGGGGUGGUAGAGACUUAUAUGCAAUUUUCUGUCUAUC